GCGCAUGUAAUUAAGCAUGCAGUAAUUUAUGAGAAAAACAUUUGUGGUUAUGAUGUGUGUGCGACAUCUCACCGGACUGGUACGUGUAGAAUGUAAGUUAUGUCAGUCAGAAUUUGGAACAAAAUCAGAUGAACCUGUCCGGGUCACUUUGCUUGAAUGUGCGUGAAAGUUGCAAUUAUAAAUCAUUUACAACGUCACUUUGAAGUGAACAUUUUAUCAGCUUUUCAGUUUGCAGCGCUGAAGAGAGAGAAAGAGCAAGUUUUGACUUGGGGCUGAGAGUGAGCUGAGAUGAGAUGAGAUCUGAUCAGAUCAGAUCAUCAGACACGAUCGGCUUGGAAGUUAGAGCUCGGAGUCGGAGAACAGCAGCAAGGUCAAUAACUCUGUGUCUACACAUAUUGUUGUGGCUCUGAAUUUGGAAAAGCGUGUUGUGGAUUCUACAAACCAUGAGAACUAAUGCUAUGUAACAGAUGAACAGUACUCAUAAUAACCGUAGGUUGGGUUAGUCCUAACAUCUACCAGAAACCUAUAAUGCAAUAAUUCAUAGAUCAUGUAAAUUUACAUGUGGGACUGUUACUAUCAGCUGUGUUAAAAAAUAGUGUGAAGUUAUGAGACAGAGAUAUUUGCAGGCCAAUACUUCAUAGUUGUUGUUGCUGUGAUGGACUUUGGGAUGGCUCGUGAAGGUCAUCAGGUCGACGGGGUCAAGAUUCUUCAGGCUGCCAAUGACCUGCUUCUCUUUCGUCGCCAUGAGGAGGUACUGCGGGUGUGCAGGUUGGGAGUGGACAGGAAUCAGGAAAUAGUGUUUCCUCGUCUGGGAGACCAUGAGCCAAAGAGAGAAGGAGAUGGGACAGAUGUUCAGAAUGGACUCUCUGAUAGAAAUGAACAGAACCUGAAGAAAAUGCACAAAGAUGCCAUGAGGGAGUAUCUAGAAUCAAUGUGCAUACUUGCCAUGCAAGCUUACGCAGAGCUGGAUAGAUGGGAUCAAGCCCUGCCGUUUCUCUUAUCUUGUUAUGGAGACAUCUCAAAGCUUCCUCCUAGGAUAGUAUUAAUGUGCAUAUUACUAUUCAGCAAAGUCCGGAGCUUCACUGAAGCCGAGUCCUUCUCAUCCCAGUGGCUCAAGGCUCAGAAUGGCUGGUCCAUCAACCAGUACUGCUCGGUCCUAGAGAUGUACAUCAAGAGAGUCUAUAUAACUCAGGGGCAAUGGAAGGCUGCCAGGGAGUAUGUGGAGACCAACACUGUCCUAAGCCCAGAGAGAAAGAUGAGGUACUUGAAAUACUUGGCAGAGCUGCAGCAGCAAAAAGAAAGCAGUUCAACGAAUGGUUGUAAAAACGCCAAGCAUUCAUCACCUGGAAACAUUUUGCUGAGCCUGUUUCAGAAGCUUCGCUCUUUCUUUGUUGCCCGCUUGAGUCCAUCAGCAUCCACUGGGUUACAUCGGAUUCAGAACCUUGCCAUCAUCAGUGUCUUCCUAUACCUGCUAUUAUUUAGGUCAAAUACAAGUAUUCCCACCGGUGCUUCCCAAGCCAGUGUUGUGUGGCGGAGUUUACAAGGUGUAUGGCGAUCCCUCUUUGCUCCUUUCCAUGUCAUGGUCCAGGAAGCAUAAUGGAAGAAGCAUUUCUAGAACUGUAAUCAUGUACCCGGAGCUACUGUGAUGUCGCAGCUCUCGGUACCUGGUGUAACUGUGGUGUCGCAGCUCUCGGUACCUGCUGUAACUGUGGUGUCGCAGCUCUAGGUACCUGCUGUAACUGUGGUGUCGCAGCUCUUGGUACCUGCUGUAACUGUGGUGUCGCAGCUUUUGUUACCUGCUGUAACUGUGGUGUCGCAGCUCUUGGUACCUGCUGUAACUGUGGUGUCGCAGCUCUUGGUACCUGCUGUAACUGUGGUGUCGCAGCUCUCGGUACCUGCUGUAAAGUGACUCAACCUAUGAUCUACGCAUGGUCCAGCCAGCCUGUUCCCUCUUAGAUCUGUAUAUCAGAAUAUUUG